CACCAGCCUGCCCACCACAGUCUGUGCUAAAAGUAGAAUCCAGAACCCAGCACAAGUAUGGAGUCUUUGCUCAAGUCACCAAUGAAACUUGUACUUCUGACAGCAUGGCUCUCCAGUCUCAUGGACCCAUGCAGCCUCUCUAACAUUUGCAAUUCUUGUCACCAACUUGCAACAUGCAAGGCCCUGAACGGAUCAAACGACGCCUGCUUCUGCAACCGCGGAUAUACUGGAGAUGGAACUACAUUUUGCAAUGAUGACAAUGAGUGCCAGAAUGUGACUAAUAUCUGCGGGGACAGGGGGAGCUGCACCAACACAGCGGGCAGCUACUACUGUACAUGUGUCUCUGGAUACACAUCAACAGGACUGGCCGAGUUCCAGCCCAACGAUGGCACCGAAUGCAUCGAUAUCGAUGAAUGCAAGUCAGGACAGGUGUGUGGACCAAACUCACACUGCCACAAUACGAAUGGAUCUUUCUAUUGCACCUGUCAGCGUGAUUACAUCCCAACUUCAGGCACUAAGCACUUUCAUCCGGAGAAAGGUGUAAGAUGUAAAGACCAUCCCCAAAAAUACUGCCAUGACAACAUCGGGUGCAUCACACAGACCGUCAACAAAACACUCGAAUAUAUGAGCAACCUCACGGAGCCCCAGAGUCUGCUGAAGGAAAUUGCCAAGCAGACGUCCGGCGAACUCACCUCAGUGGAAGUGAUCACAUAUGUUGAGGCCUUGUGUCGAUCCGCAUCAACACUGGCUGCCCAAGAAAAGGAUUACACUGUCAAACCAUCCGUCAUCAACUCAACUCUUACAAAAUUAGUGAAAGCAGUAAACAACUUGGUGGAGAAGGAUGAACUGGUGGCUUGGAGCCGAAUGAAAGAAGAGCGUCGGGAACAUACCAUCACCAAGCUGUUACAUACUGUUGAAGAAAGUGCUCUGACUCUGGCUAACAACUACAAAACUCCAGCUGAGCUCGAAAUCAAAGCCACAGAAAUGGAACUGAAGCUCUUUACCUUUGAUGCUCGUCACAUAAAAGUCAAACUGUCUGCGUCAAUGGGAGGUGAUCAUAUAAAUUUAACUCCAAAACUGAGACCAGAGGACGACAGGAAUGGAAGUGUGUCAGUGGUGUUUGUGCGAUACGACAGCAUCGGUGGCAUCCUGAAGCCGAGCAGCGACCCGGGUGUCACCGACUACUCUCGCUAUGCUGAGACUGGGGAAAUCACUGUCAACUCCCAAGUCAUCGCGGCAGCCGUCAAACCUGCUGACGUUUACCAACUUGACCAUGUCACCUUCACUCUGAGACACAACGAGCCCGUUGACACUGAAGCUGAUGUGACCACGUGUGCUUUCUGGGAGUACGAGCUCGACAGCCUGCGGGGCCACUGGGCCACUCGUGGCUGCAAGACCGUCCACGUCAACAGCAAUGCAACCACCUGCUCCUGCAAUCACCUCACACACUUUGCCAUCCUCAUGUCCUCUGGGCGAGCCAAACUGGUGGCCCACUACAACAUCCUGACCCGGAUCACCCAGCUGGGGAUGAUCAUCUCCCUCAUCUGUCUGUCCAUGUGCAUCUUCACCUUCUGGUUCUUCAGUGAGAUCCAGAGCACCAGAACCACCAUCCACAAGAACCUGUGCUGCAGCCUCUUCAUGGCCGAGUUCAUCUUCCUCGUGGGGAUCAACAUGAACACGCAUAAGCUUUUCUGUUCCGUUAUCGCAGGGCUGCUGCACUAUUUCUUCCUCGCGGCCUUUGCCUGGAUGUGCAUCGAGGGCAUCCAUCUGUACUUAAUAGUGGUUGGCGUCAUCUACAACAAAGGCUUCCUGCACCGCAACUUUUAUAUCUUCGGCUACGGGAGCCCUGCGGUGGUGGUGGCCAUCUCGGCAACGCUCGGCUCCCAGUACUAUGGCACUGAUAAAGUGUGUUGGCUGAGCACAGAAAACCACUUCAUAUGGAGUUUCAUUGGGCCGGCAUGUUUGAUCAUUCUGGUUAAUCUCUUGGCUUUUGGAGUAAUCAUCUACAAAGUGUACCGGCACACUGCUGUGAAAAAGCCGGAAAUCAGCCACUAUGAAAAUAUCAGGUCCUGUGCCCGUGGUGCCUUGGCUCUGCUGUUUGUGCUGGGAGCUACCUGGACUUUAGGAGUUGUGCACAUCCUCAAUGAGACCACCCUCACUGCUUAUCUCUUCACCAUCGCCAACGCCUUCCAGGGCAUGUUCAUCUUCAUCUUCCUCUGUGUCCUGUCCAGAAAGAUUCAGGAGGAGUACUACAGACUUUUCAAAAACGUGCCAUGUUGUUUUGAAUGCCUGAGAUGAAGUAACGCGAGCUGAGCCUGAUCGCUUGUAAAAUAAUAGUCGACACUACAGCUUUGCAAUAUCCUGUGACUCAUGCUGUCAGUUUAAAAAAAACAAUAUGGGAGGAAAAAACAGAUGUCUAACAAAUGAGAACACGCAGCACUUAUAACUUCUAAAAGUCUUGUUUCCCCUUUUAAAGACUGCUCUAUGCAUCAGUAAUUCAAAAACGUUUUUCAGUUUAAUUCAACACCUUUGCAGUUAAUGGUAUUACUCUUCAAAUAACAUAGUUUGUUGUCUCUGUUCUUUUCUGGUGUUUGAAAUUUAUUUGUAAAUUAUUAAAAUAUAAAUGUGGCAAACU